AGCAUGCGCGUGCUGUGGCAACAGGAUAGCGGAAAUACAAAUAUGCAACAAAGUUUUUCAUAAAGUUCACUCGUGCCUGAUUUUAUAACCGCCUGUAAUCAUGACAUCUAAGCUUACAGAAGCCUCUCAAGAUGAGCUGAUCAAUUUAAUAUACCUGCAUUUAAAGGACAACGGUUACAAGAAAGCUGCCAACGUGCUGAGAAAGCACGCGCCUCAGGUUGAAACUGAGGAAGUAAAAGCCUCUUUAGGAGAGAUCUUUAAGAUGUGGGCAAGUAAAAGGAACGAAGACUUGGAUGAUGAAGAUGUUCCUCCUCUGCCAUCAGGCGUUCAGACUCCUGAAUUGAAGAGUCCUGCAAAGAACAAGACAACCUCUCUAGCUGUUAGAAAGUCCCACAAGAAACACAACACAGCUGGAAACACAGCUCCCUCUAAAGUACUCAGUCCACAAAAACCUGUUGAUACGAACAGCAAGAAAACUUCACGGGGAUCACCGAGCAAAUCACAGAAACAGAAGAAAAAAGAAGUGGUGAUGAUACCAAGGAAAGGGAAAAAGUGCACCUCAGAAGAUGGAGCUUCUAAAAGUCAAACCGCUGCUGUUUCUGCACCUUCGUUUGUCUCUUCUGCUGUAGCGAAUGACUCUGACUCUGAUUCUGAGACCAGUUUAGAUGUGGAGAAAUGGAGGACACUAGUCACACAGUUAUCAGAUGCUGAUAUAGCAAAGAUGAAUGUCCUCUCAAACUUUGAAAAAUCUCCUGUCUCCUCAUCUGGAAAGUCCACAGAAAAGGGAAAGACCGCAAAGGCAACAAAAACUAAAAAAGAGGGAGACCCACCCAAGAAUAAAAAGUCCAAUACGCCAACCAGGAAAUCAAGAGCUAAAACUGCUAACAUUCCUCUUAAGACUGAUACAACUAAGACACUUUCAAAGAAGUCUAAAGACAAGACAGCUACUGCUGUAUCUGAGCUUCCUAAAGUUAAAUCACCAUCAAAAAAGGGUAGAGAUAAGAAAAUCAGUAACAUCUCAGGUCAUGAUGUGGUUGAGACCACUGAAAUAGCUGCUCCUGGGGAUGCUAAUGGUACCUCGGAAACUCCAUCUAAAAAGGCCAAGAAAAAGAAAUCAGAAAUCCAGUCUGAUGCCGAUAAUGUUGAAAAUCCUAAAAAAACUGCUAAUUGUUUGUCAGAUACUUACAAAGUUGUUACAAAUGCUAGCAAGCUUGCACAAGCUAACUGUGAAGACGCCAACCAUACGAUUGAUGAUGCCCAACUUAAGUCAAAGAAAGUGAAAGACAAGAAGCCUAAAAGUGUCGUAGAGCCUGUUGAUGGUGAGACUCAUUCUAAAAAAGUAAAAGCUAAGAAAACAAAAAGUCUUGCUAAACUUGAAGCAGCAACAUCUGAGAAAGUGGACGUUCUCCAAAAAUCUGUUAAACCUGAAACUCCAACUAAAAAGGACAAGAAAAAGAAAUCAGAAAUCCAGUCUGACGGCAAUAUUGAUGAAACUCCUAAGAAAACUGACGAUAGUCUGUCAAAUACCAAAGAAAUCGUUACAAAUGCUAGCAAGCUUGCGCAAGCUAACCCUAGUGAAGACGCCAACCCUAUGUUUGAUGUUGCCCAUCUGAAGUCUGACCAAUCCGAGACGCCAUCAAAGAAAGUGAAAGACAAGAAGUCUAAAACUGUUGUAGAACCUGUUGAUAGUGAGACUCCGUCUAAGAAGGUUAAGUCUAAGAAAAUAGAAGAUAUUGCAGAGUUUAACAAAGAAACAACAUCUAAAGAAGUUGGUGUCCUUCAAGAAUGCGUUAACCCUGAAACUCCAUCUAAAAAGGCCAAGAAAAAGAAAUUAAAUAUCCAAUCUGAAUGUGAUGAGGUUGAAACUCCUAAAAGAAACAAAGAUAGUCUCUCAAAUACUAAAGAAGCCAUUCAAGAAGUUAAGAAAGUAAAAAAUGGUAGCAAGCCUGCGCAGGAUAACUGUAAAGAUGACAACUUUGCGAUUGAUAACGGCCACCUCAAGUCAGACCAAUCAGAGGCGCCAUCAAAGAAAGUGAAAGACAAGAAGUCUAAAACUGUUGUAGAACCUGUUGAUAGUGAGACUUCGUCUAAGAAGGUUAAGUCUAAGAAAACAGAAAAUAUUGCAGAGUUUAACAAAGAAACAACAUCUGAAGAAGUUGGUGUCCUUCAAGAAUCCGUUAAUCCUGAAACUCCAUCUAAAAAAGCCAAACAUAAGGCUGUUAAAGACCUUUCAGAAAUGGUUGAGUCUGAAACUCCAUUGAAAAAAGCCAGAGUUCAGGGAGGUAAGAGUCUUUCAGAAACCGUAGAGUCUGAAAAUCCUAAGCAAGCUAAAGCCAAGAAAGAUUCUGCAAAACCUGGUCAGACGGAAACGCCUUCUAAGAAGUCCAAAACGGUUUCAUCGGAUGCGGAUCUCCAGCAGUCCGACCCUACGAACAACUCUUCGAAAAAAAGAAAGGACAAGGCUUCCUCAGAAGUUUCGGAAACCCGGAAUGACGUUCUCCUGGAAAUGGAACAAGCAAGUUUGGGUAAUGAGGAAACAUCUAGUCAAGAUCUUAAGACUUCAUCCAAAAAAAGAAAACGGCCACAGGAAGAACCGAGUGAUGUCUUGGUGCCAGAGGAGGCAAUGCCGAAGGCCAAGAAAGGGAAAAAGAAAAACACGGAGGGUGAAAAUGAGGGUGAAACAACAGCACAAGAAAUAGCUUCUGUUACUGUAGAAACCAGCCAGAAGAAAAAGAAAAAGAAGAAAAAAGAGAAGACACAAGAGCAAAUCUCUGAUGAUUCUCCUGUGUCUGCUCCAGAUGAAGAGGUGGUAGUUCACAAAAAGAAAAUGAAGUCUCCCAAAGAGAAACGGAUCAGUAGUGCUGAAGCUCAUGGACUCGACGGCACAGAACAGACGUAACGGUUCUUCAUCUCACUGUGGAACACAUCUUAAAUUAUUACUUACAAAUCUGAGUGCAUGCUCCGUCCAUACAGUGUGCAGAUUGUGUGUGUGUGUGUGUACAUAUGAAUGUCUUUUUUUGUAUGUUUUAUAUUUUUAUGGAAGGUAAUUUCUGGAAAAUCUUUAUUAUUCUUUUUGUUGUUGUUUGAUUUACUUUUCUAUCUAUAUUUGAUAACAGGUCUUUGUGAUAAAGAAUAGUUUUACAUCUUUCUAUUAUUUUUAUUUUUAUUAAAUUUUUUUAGAGAAAAUAUCAUGUGAGCCAAUGGCCAUAAAGUCAAUCUCUUUUAUAGUGGUGAUGGUCAACUGACAAGUUUUCAUCAUGCAUGUUAUUUUUUAAGAUGUAUAUAAAAACAUUAUUAAGUGCUUAAAAUCAGACAAAACAUUUUAGAAAUGUCCUUUUUGACAUCUGUUAAAAAGAAAACGUUUUGGAAAAUUACAAAA